AUGAGCAUGCCAGUAGAAAUUAACGAUCUAUUGCUUAAAUUAUUUGAGGAUCAAGAGAUUUUACUGAUCAAGAAUAACUCUGCAUACCAUUCACCUGAAAUUUCAGAAACUGAUGAAGAGAAUCUUUCUGAUAGAAGAAAGAUUAUUAAAAAGGACUUAAGAUGA